UGGGUUACCACGAUAACGACACCGGUUUUUGUUAACAUCUCACGGAUUUAAACAUGCAACCAAAUUCAUAUCAAACGGAACACUUCUUAACCUCGUCUUACUUCCGUGUUUCGCUUCAGGAAGAGCUGCCAGAGUAUUUCCUCAUUAAUGGUGUUUCUCACAGUAAAGCAGUUAUAGGACACUUGACUCUGAACUCUUUCAGCACUGUCACAGUCAACACACUCUGCUGGAAAUGCGGAUAUUCAGUUGAAUUAUUUUUCUGUCCGUCCUGUAAUGUCAUGCAGCCUCCUGAUGACAAGACGAAUUACUUUGACAUCUUGAGCUGGAAAGAGCAGGAAUAUUCAGAAGAACAAUCAGCAUUGGUGAACAAAGCCUACAGAACGCUGCAGAAACCUCUGCGUCGGGCUGUCUACAUGCUGGAGCUGCGAGGGGUUUUGCUGGAGGAAGGUACAGACGCCACCGCGGACCCCAUGUUUCACCUUGAGGUCAUGGAGAUCAACGAGAGCCUCGCAGAGACGUGGAGCCAAGACGAGGUCAGCGCUAUCGGGCGGUCUGUGCGAGAGAAACUGAUAGACUUGACUGAACGGAUGAAUCAUCCAUCAACAAAGUCUCUUUUCACAGGGGAUCUGCUGACCGCCAAAGAGCUCCUGGCCCAAAUGAAGUACUUCACAAACAUAGAGGAGAAGGUAAAAGACAGAAUUGCUGAGGGAAAAUUGUAA